AUGGAGGACCUGACGCAGCGGCUGCCUCAUGACGUGCUCGCCGACGUCCUGCGCCACCUCCAGACGACGGCGCCAUGCAGCCUCGCAGCAUGCCGCUGCGUCUGCAAGGCGUGGUGUGCCGUCGUUGACGCCCAUCGGCUGCUCACGGACCUCCUGCCGCACUCGCUGACCAGCAUAUUUCUUCACUUUGAUGACUUGUUUGGCAGGAUGCUCCCAAAAGCCCUCUCACUCGCCAUGUCGUCAACGACCAUCGCCCCCUUCGACUACCUAGAUACCCACAACGCUGAGUGCGUCAAGAUCGUGCAGCACUGCAAUGGCCUCCUCCUACUCGCCGAUGUCGAAUGGGAAGAAGAUUGGUGGGUGCUUAACCCAGCCACGCGCCAGUGGGCGCACUUGACUACUUCUCCGCCCAUGCGCACGCCGGGCAUGGAGGACAGCUAUUUCGACCAAGAAAAUGGCAUGGACUAUCAUGAUAAGUACCUCGUGUUUGAUCCUACAGUCUCGCCGCACUAUGAGGUCUUUUUAGUCAAGCGUAUUCCCUCCCGGCCUGAUACCUUGCGUUUUGUUGAAUGCCACGUAAAACAAAGAGAAUGGCCGCCAUCGACAUAUGUCUUGCUCGUCUUCUCAUCAAGGACAAAACAGUGGGAUGAGAGGCCUUUUGUUCGCGAAGGGAAGGCAGCAGGGACCAUCGGGGAUUUGUUGGAGGAUGACCCACCUGAUCACUGCUAUGCAACAUACUGGCGGGAGGCACUUUACUUUCACCAGCAUGAUUUCAUUCUGAGGUAUGUAGUUACUCACAUCUUAGACAACGCAUCCUUGGUUAUGUUUCAAUGUAGCGAUUUCUUAACUCUAACUUCGACAGUGGUUUAUCUUUUGUAG